AUGCCUACCAUCUCUGUGAACAAGCAGCAAUUAUUUGAGCUAUUGGGCAAGAACUACACCUCCCAGGAAUUCGACGAAUUAUGUUUUGAAUUCGGUAUGGAAAUGGACGAGGACACCACGGAAGAGGCCUUGAAAACCGGGGAAGAACCCGAAUUGAAGCUUGACAUAAGUGCCAACCGUUACGACUUGCUUUGCAUUGAAGGCAUUUCCCAGUCGCUGAACGAAUACCUGGAACGUGAGGAAAGACCCGACUAUAAAUUAAGUAAGCCAACCACCCAAUUGAUCAUUGACAAAUCCACAGAGCAAGUUAGACCCUUUGCCACUGCUGCCGUGUUGAGAAAUAUCAAGCUCAAUGAAAAAUCAUAUGCCUCUUUUAUUGCCCUGCAAGAUAAACUACAUGCUAAUCUUUGUAGAAACAGAAGUUUGGUUGCCAUGGGCACCCAUGACCUGGACUCGAUUGAAGGUCCAUUCCAUUACAGAGCUUUACCACCAAAGGACAUCAAAUUUGUGCCCUUGAACCAAAGUCAAGAAUUUACCGGUGACCAGUUGAUUGAGUUCUACAAAUCUCCAGAACAAAAGAACAACAUCGGGAAAUACGUCCACAUUAUUGAAAAUUCUCCAGUCUUUCCAGUCAUUAUGGACAGCAAAGACCGUAUUUGUUCUUUGCCACCAUUAAUCAACAGUGAACAUUCAAAGAUCUCCGUGGAUACGCGUAACAUUUUGAUUGAUAUUACCGCCACCGACAAGACCAAAGCUGAAAUUGUUCUGAAUAUAUUAACCACAAUGUUUUCACGUUAUUGUGAUGAAUCAUUUACAGUGGAACCUAUAGAAAUUGUUUCUGAACACAAUGGUCAGUCCCGUGUGGCACCAAACUUCAACGAUAGAAUCAUGGAUGUCUCCAUCAAGUAUAUUAACUCCUGUCUCGGCUUGGAACAAUCCGCUGACGAAAUUAUUCAUUGCUUAAAGAAAAUGUCACUGCACGCGGUUCAAUCUAAGGGAGACAAGGAUACCUUGCACGUUGAUAUUCCAGUGACCAGACCAGAUAUUCUGCAUGCUUGCGAUAUAAUGGAGGAUGCUGCUGUCGGUUAUGGCUUCAACAAUUUACCAAAGGGUGAUAAACUAUCUAACGCCAACUUCAUUGCCAAGCCAUUGCCCAUCAACAAAGUUUCUGAUAUCUUCAGAAUUGCAUCAUCUCAAGCAACAUGGGUAGAAGUCCUGCCAUUGACCCUAUGUUCACACGACGAAAACUUUAAAUACUUAAGGCAACCCGACAACAACGAUUUAGCCGUCAAAUUGGCCAACCCAAAGACCUUGGAAUACCAAGUUGUCAGAACCACUCUAUUGCCAGGUAUCUUGAAGACUGUCAAGGAAAACAGAAAGCAUUCUUUACCGAUCAAAGUCUUUGAAACUGGCGAUGUUGUCUUCAAAAAUGAAAAACUAGAAAGGAAAGCCUACAACGAACGUCACUGGGCCGCCAUUUACGUGGGUAAGAACUCCGGGUUUGAAAUCAUCCAAGGUUUACUAGGCAAAAUUAUGCAAACUUUCAGAACAGAAUGGAUUGCCGACUACGGUGCUGAUGCUUCCGGUAGAGGCUACUGGAUCGAAGAAGACGACUCUGUCAAGACCUAUUUCCCAGGAAGGGGAGCCAAGGUUAUGUUCAGAUCUAAAGAAGGCGCCAAGCCAAAGCAAAUCGGUCACUUGGGUGUCUUGCAUCCUGAAGUCAUGAUGAAUUUCGACGUUCCAUUCGCUGCAUCCUUUGUAGAGAUUAAUGCCGAAGUCUUCCUAUAA